UUCAGUACUAAUUGACAUAAUAAUGUACUCGGCAACACUUCAAAGUUAUUACUUUCAAGUGUCGCCGAACACAUUGUGAUUACGAUAAAUUGGAAUAAAAAGUGACCCGAAAGCGUAUAAUUUUCCAUGGAAAGCCAGCAGAGGCGGCGAAUUGUCAAUCCAUCACUGAAAAGUCGCAAUCAAACAAUUACUGGGCAAACAGCAAUAAUGUGAAAUUGGGUUAGCGAUCGAGUUUACAUUUUCGAUCGGUUUGUUGGGACAAUCGGUCUUUACGUGCGCACUAUGACUCAGUCCUAAUUAUGGUCUAUCCUCUCUUCGGUAUGCCUACGAAAAAAAAGACCGCUGAAACUUUUCGCAAGCAAAAUUAUUGGACAACCAACCCCAUCCGUGAGCCUCCUCCAUGGUAUGUUUGGGAAUCUAAACUGCCAAUACCUAGAAAUAGGAGUGAAGAAAGACCUCCUCGGCAUGCCAAAGAGGAAUAUAACUUGAAAUCACUCGGCAACGAUGUUAGGGAGUAUCUAUUGACUUCGACGCUGCACGGUCUUCGAUAUAUUGGAGACAAAAAAUUGACAUGGUUCGAAAGAUUCUUUUGGCUGACUGCGUUCGGCUGCUCGCUGGUCUGCGCGGCAUUCUUCAUCCUAAACGUGUACGCCAAAUGGCGAUCAUCGCCCAUGAUCGUGAGCAUCAACCCGCGGAACAUGCAGCUGGAGGAGCUGCCCUUCCCGGCCCUCACCAUCUGCAACGUCAACCAGGCGAAGAAAUCUGUGGCGCAAAGCUAUUUGAAGCAUGGAGAUUCAGUCGACAAGAAGCUACUACAAAGUCUAUGUGUGCCGCAAACUGACGCUGAUAUAUUUGAGGACGAGAUCGCAGGGGGCGCAGACUGGGACCGCACCAGAUCAUUCCUUAUAAAUGUAACCCAGCCGUGCACGGAGAUGAUCCCGCUCUGUAAGUGGAACUCGGAGAUGAAGAGCUGCCAGGACCUGUUCAACGCGCAGCUGACCGACGAAGGCCUCUGCUGCACCUUCAACGUCGUGCAUCGCGAGAUGAUGUUCCGUAACCCCAAAUCCCUGAACGACCUGAACUUGACGUUUCCGCUGCCAGCGGUGGACUGGACUCCCGAAAAUGGGUACCCGCCUAAUUCUCCUGAAAAUGGCUUUCCUUGGCGGCCGAAAGGUGUGGGGACUAACCAUGGCCUCUCUUUGGUACUGGAUGCUAAUAUUGAAGAAUACUAUUGCUCCUCCACGAAGAGCACAGGAUUUAAGAUAUUGCUCCACAAUCCGACUGAAACACCCAAGAUGGCGAACUUGGGCGAGAUCUAUGGGAGCGGCAUCGAGGCGCGAGUGACCAUCCAGCCGCGGAUCCUGGACGCCUACGACGCCCUCAAGUCUAUCGACGUCACCAAGCGCCUCUGUCUGUUCUCCAGCGAAAAGGAACUGGUAUUUUACAGGACGUACACUUUGAAGAACUGUGAAAUGGAAUGUGAAGCCCAAGGCAUGUUGGAUUUGUGCGACUGUGUUUAUUAUUAUAUGCCGAAGAACAAAACGACUCGCGUUUGUGGCAAAGCGGACGCAAAAUGUUACAGCAACACUUCAAUUAUAACGCCUAAAACAGGACAGGAAUGUGAAAAAUGCCUGCCAGCGUGCACAGAGAUCGCUUAUUUCGAGCGCAUGAGCACUGCGCCGCUGAACAAGGCGCUGGUGCAGGGUCUGGCCAAGCUGGUCGCCAAACCCAUUGACUACUUCACGGAAAAUAUGCUCGUGGUUCACUUUUACUUCGAAGAUGACACGUUCAUGAGAUUGACCAAAGGGGAGAUAUUCGGCCUAACUGAAUUCCUGUCGAACACGGGCGGCCUGCUAGGCCUGUGCAUGGGGUUCAGCGUGAUGAGCGCGGUGGAGCUGCUCUACUUCAUCACACUCCGCGCGCUCUGCAUAGCACGCCACAGGCCACACCCCUUCACUAAAUAAAGGACUGCUCAAAUAUCCAAGAUUUUAUUUGACCCCGACCCGAAAAGAGGAACUAUAAGGGUCGUAAAAAGUAGAAAAUAAAUGAGG